AUGAAUGAGAACAGGAAGCUGAAGAAACUGCUGGCAGAGCGCCAUGAAUAUGUUAGGUGCGAAAUAGAAGGCGGUAGGCUUGAGAAUGUUAUUUCGCUGAUGGAUUCACUUUCUGCAGCAUUCAAGCUGCCAAGAACCGAAUAUGAUAGAUCUGAAUGUACGCCUUACAGCAACGAGGUGUCAGACAGAUACUGCCUUGAUGAGUAUGUCAAUGCAUCAUUUGUUCCUACUGCUGGAACAUUGUUUAUAGCUGCACAGAAUCCAUUGGAUGAGAAAAAACAUGUCUUUAUAGACCUACUGAUGAAAUCAAACACAAGGCUGGUCGUGUCGUUGAUAAAUGAUGCAAAGUACUUUGAUGAGGAAUGGCUGCAGGAACGAAAGACAAUUGAGCUUGAAGGCAAGGAGGUAUUCGUUGACGAGGUGUAUGUGAUCAAAAACACAUCGAUAAGGAGGCUGAGAUACAUAAACUGGGUGGACUUUUCAGUCCUGCCGCCCAAUGAGAUGGAUUUUUUUCAUAGGUACUUUGAUGCAAUACGCACCGAAACUGUCCUUGUGCAUUGCAUUGCAGGAGUAGGAAGAACAGGGACAUUCAUCAUGUAUGACAUUUUGAAGAAGACAGAGGCACUCACAUUAGACAUAUUCAUAAGCACAUUCAUAUGCCUCAGAAGUCUUCGUGCACAUCUGGUAACCAACAAAGUUCAGCUUGAGUUUCUCAGAAAUGUCUUUCUGGCCAACAAUCGCAACCAUGAUGCAAAAAAAGCCAAUCCAAAGCCACAACAAACAUCAUUUAAUUCCCCUUGA